AUGUCAACUCCUGAAGAACGUCGUCAACGCAUCAUAGCUAAUAGAGAAUUGCGUCUUGCUAGACUUCGAGAAAUAAAUCGAGGCGAGACGCCAGUUGAAUCUCCUCCCCUGCUACCAGUUUCUUCCGAAGCUCCAGAUGAACUGUUAAAACGACCACAAAACCAAUUAAAUACUCCAAGUGUUUCUCCUGCUAAUAGAGAUCAACCUAAACAGGCAUCAUUAUUCUCAAUGAUCACUUCAGGGAUAAAUUUUAUUAAUUCAUUGUCAGCUGGAUCACCAACAACCUCAACAACAAAAAUAGAAAAUACUAAAGAAAUGGUUACGAUUGAUAAACAACAUGUUCUUGUUAUUAUUCUUGGAAUGAUUGUUUCACUUCUCUAUUCGUUUUAUAUAUCAGCUCAAUCGAACUUUUUCUUCAUUGUAUAUUUUACAUGUUGUAUAUGCAUAUUAACAUCACGUUAUUAUAUGAUGGAAAUGAAACAUCGUACAAAUGUGUUAAUUACUACAGCAAUGUUAUCAGGAUUUAAACCAGAAUUAAUGAAAAAAAUAAGUCUUCUUUAUACUCUUGUAUACGAUGCUUGGAUAAUGUUUGCAUUGUAUUUUGUUUCUUUUUGUUUAACACAUGUUAUUUAUUCUCUAUUUUAA